AUGUUAAGAGUUGGAAAGAGGCUGAUCUGGAAGGGCGUUCGUGGUAUCCAUGUGGUUCCCAAGCUGCCCAAUGGGCAGGAGUUGAGUCGGCGAGGUAUUCCCAAGGUGCUGAGCAAAGACGGGUUUGAUCUAGUUUGGAGUCAGCAGCAAGGGUAUGUGUGUGACAAGCUGACGCUUGCCACCGCGGGCACGAGUCUGGAGUCGUACUUGCCGUUUCAUAUACUGUUGAAGACGGCGAAGAACCAGCACCAGAGCCACAUCUUCAACCUCGCCUCUGCGGCGCAUAAUAACCACUUGUUUAUAGAGAACAUACUGCCUGUGACGGAGGAAGGUAGUGCGCUGAGCGAGACCAAUAAGCCCUCGAGGCUUCUGGAGGCCAGGCUAGUGGAUUCGUUCGGGCACGGGUGGGACCAAGUGAAGGAAGAGAUGGUCAAGAGUGCUACUGACAACGUCAUUGGCGAAGGUUGGCUGUUCUUGGUUGAGAACAGCAACAAGGAGCUGCACAUACUCACGAUACAAAACAAUGGUACCCCUUACUACUUUCCUAGGAACCAGCUGUUUGACAUGAACAGCGCCAUAAGACCAGAGGAGUACCAGCAUACUAAGAGCGUGAAAGAGCUUGUAGACAAGGCCUCUGAGCUUGGCAAGAAGGUUGACGAUUGGACCAUGCCUCUGAUCUGUGUGAACCUUUGGGAUCACGCCUAUUUGGCAGACUACGGGGUACAGAACAGAGCCAAGUAUGUCAGAAAUGUGUUGGACAACUUGAACUGGUCUGUGGUCAACAACAGACUGUUCACUGACCCAGUUGCAUAG